GCAAAAUUUUUAGACAUGAAAUACUUGGCAGGAAUACUAAUACUACUGUUUGCUGUGAUGGGUGUUCAAGCCGAUUGCCCAAUAAGCCAAUACAUGGUGGAGAACACGAAUCGCAUAUUCACCUAUCGUGAUGACAGAGGAGCUCUCCAGCUCUUGCGUGCACAGCCGGUGCCCAGUGGACUGAAGCUGUAUAUGUUCUGCAAUGAGCAGGAUGUGCUGGAGACCGAAUGCCAGGAUAAUGGCAGCUUUUCGGUGGCCUUGCCAAUGAGCUGCAGUUCGCCAAUGAAGACGACUGUGAUGAAAGAUGGACGCAACUCUGACUGUCCGCAAACCUUGUACAUAGUGGGCUAUAAGUUGGAGGGACAACAACUGGAGCUGUAUCGCUCCUGCUACGAUGGGCACAAUGGACGUGCUCUGUACUCCCAGAGCGAUGUCUACUUCAAGAAGUACUUUGCCAAACGACCCUGGGUGGACUUCGAUACGGAUCAGAUAGUGAAGCCCAUUGAGGCCGCUGCCUAUAUGAAGCAUCGGAUGUACGAUGAAUUUCAGCUUGUGUUUGGCAAGAAGCAACAGUAUUUGCCCAGCGCCAGAGAAUUGGUCAUCAAUCGCGGCCAUUUGGUGCCCUCGGCUGAUUUUCUCUUUUGUGAUCAGAUGGCCAGCACCUUUCGCUACAUCAAUGUGGUGCCGCAGUUCAAGAGCAUCAACGACGGCAAUUGGGAGAAAAUUGAGCGUUGGCUACGCGAUCAGGUGACCGUGCAGCAGCCAUUUCGCAUUCGGACUGGCGGCAUCGACAUUCUCAGGCUGCAGGACGAAAAUGGCAACGAGCGCAGCGCCUGCUUGGCCAACGACAAGCUGCCGGUGCCCAAGUGGAUCUAUAAGGUGGUGCGAGACACCCAGGGCAAUGGACUCUAUGCGUUCCUCUCCUACAACAACAUAUUCGAGCGACAGCGUCCACCAGUUCUAUCCACCUGUCAAUCUGUCGCAUGUCCUUUCACUCUGCCUGACAAUCCAAAUGCGGGAUUCAUUUAUUGCUGCAAUCCAACGAAUUUUCCCUACUGAGGUGAAUUGAUUUUUUUUAUGUAUUUAUUACUAUUUCU